UCUUGGAGAUCAGGUCCUGGUCCUGCAGCCUGGAGACGAGGUUGCCAUCAUCCCUCCAAUUAGUGGGGGCUGAACCUGCUCAGGUUCUGUUUGGUCCGAAGAUGUGAUUGCAAUUCUCUCCCUCCACCCCAGUACUCUUUUGAGAGAACCCAACUUGUGUUUCCAUCUGGAGAGUGCAGUUGUGCUGAGCAGAAACUAUAAGCCAGUGCACCAGUAAAUGAUUAACAUGUGUGCAAUAAAUGGAAGACACUUGCCAGAGAGUGCGAUAUGGAAGAAAGUGAAGAUGUGCCCAAAGAUUUUAUCAAGCUCAAGUCUGAAAAGCUCUCUGUAGAUGAAGUGUCAGAGCUGGUUGUUUCACCAUCCUGUGGCGCAGUGUCUCUGUUCAUUGGUACUACAAGAAAUAAUUUUAAAGGAAGAAAAGUAAUUCGCUUAGAAUAUGAAGCAUAUUCUUCAAUGGCAGAGACUGAAAUAAAGAAAAUCUGCAGAUAUGUUAGACAGAAAUGGCCUUCAGUCAAACAUAUUGCAGUACACCAUAGACUUGGUGUGGUUCCAAUAACUGAAGCAAGUGUAAUUAUUGCAGUCUCCUCUCCACACAGAGUAGAAUCCCUUGAAGCUGUAACGUACUGCAUCAAUACUUUAAAAGCGUCUGUCCCAAUAUGGAAAAAGGAGAUUUAUGAGGAUGAAUAUUCUUGGAAAGAAAACAAGGAAUGCUUUUGGGCAAAUUCAGAAAAAUAAUUGUACUCUUUUGAAAAUAAAGUGUUACUCUUCCU